AUGGCCGUCGCACGCUCGAUGCGCCGCACGAGCCCUAUCAGCCUCAUGCUGGCUGCACUGCUGGCUUUCGGCUUCAUCUGUUUCAUGCUCUCUCCCUCCACGCCCUCCGCAUCCGCAUCCGCAUCCGCCGCGUCUUCACAUCAGCGUCAACAGAAUGCCGCCGAACACCCUCUUUCGCCGCCAACAAAGCCCUUCCUGAAGUCACAACCUGUUCGCAGUGAUGGCUAUAUGGCAGCCCCGCCCGUGGUCCACUACAACCUCAACAACCUCACCAGCACAAGCACCGCCGCCGCCAACGGCGAGCGGAUUCUCAUCCUCACCCCGCUGGCGCGCUUCUACAAAGAAUACUGGGGCAAUUUGGAGAAACUGAGCUAUCCCCACGAAUUGAUCUCUCUGGGCUUCAUCGCCCCGAAGACCAAGGACGGAAACGCCGCCGUCUCCGCGCUGGAGAAAGCCAUCUCCAAAACCCAGUCCGGGCCGAUCGACGACCGCUUCGCCAGCAUCUCGAUUCUUAGACAAGACUUCCCACCUCCACUUACAUCUCAAGAUGAGAAAGUCCGUCACAAACUUGAGGCCCAAAAAGAGCGCCGCGAGUCCAUGAGUCGUGCCCGUAAUAGCCUCCUCUUCACAACCCUCGGGCCCAGCACGUCCUGGGUCCUCUGGCUAGACGGUGACAUUGUGGAAACACCAGCCACUUUGAUCCAAGAUCUAACACGACACGACCAGCCCGUUAUCGUCCCGAACUGCUUCCAGCGCUUCUACGACACGAGUUCCAAGAAGUGGGACAUCCGGCCAUACGAUUACAACUCGUGGAUCGAUAGCGAGCAGGCCCAGAAUUUGGCUGCGGAUAUGGGUCCUGAUGACAUCCUACUGGAGGGAUACGAGGAAUUACCUACGUAUCGUACUCUCAUGGCCUAUUUGCCUGAUCACAAGGCCCUGGAUCCCCAUCGUAUGGUCGCCCUGGAUGGCGUAGGUGGUACUGCUCUCAUGGUUAAGGCCGAUGUCCACCGUGAUGGUGCUAUGUUCCCCGCUUUCCCAUUCUUCCAUCUUGUCGAGACGGAAGGCUUCGCCAAGAUGGCGAAGAGGCUUGGAUAUGCCGUUUUUGGACUGCCAGAUUAUUUCAUCUACCAUUAUAACGAGUAA